CAGAUGUAAAAUGAUAGUGAUCUGGAAGAUAUUAUAAAAGGCAAUCGUAAUACCCAAAUCAUCAAACACUCUGCUAUCUGAGAUGACAAGCCUGCUCCUUCCCGUGUUCACUGUGCUGUUAGUAGUGACAUCUUCAGAUGCAUCCUGUUGGAGGCAGUUACCGAAAGAUGGAGUUGAAAAGUGUCAGUAUAAAGGAAUAACUAUUGAUCGGGGAGAUGAGUACAGGGAGAGGACCCCGCCUGAUUGUUUCCGCUGUAGCUGUGGGUCGGAUGGAACACUAUCCUGCUGUUCGGAAGGAAAAAGAAUAGGGACUCCACCAGCAACCUGUAAAGUGGUACAAAAAGGUUGUGACCAGGUGGCAGUUAGCUUAACCGACGAAAGUAAACCAUGUUCAGAGCCAGUUAUGUUCGUGAGUGGAUGAAGCUGGUAAAGAACAUUCAAUGAAGAAUUAUGUUGUGAUUUUGUGUUUCAAGUACAGAGACUGUAUUUCGAGCAUACAAAUAAAUACAUUCUGAAGAGA